AUAGCCUCCAAUUCCAUAAUUAACCCGUGGGGUUAAAGAGUCGCCGUUGGUUCAUAAACGGAGAGACAGGGCUUUAGGAGAUAAAUUGACGAACGUCUCCGGCGGAGGCUCUCAGUGCAAGCCCUAAACCCUAAAAGUCUCCAAAGCCAAUCUCUGCAAUUUCGGAUUAAGCCUUCGUCGACAUGGCUAAUCCAAUGGUUCGGUCUUUCCUUCAGGUUGCGGCGUCAGAGGAGGUCGCUUCGCCGCUCAGAGUAGUGCAAAUUGAGGGUCUGGUUAUACUAAAGAUAAUUAAGCACUGCAAGGAGUUUUCACCAGCUCUAGUGACGGGGCAGCUUCUUGGAUUAGAUGUUGGUAGUGUUCUUGAAGUUACUAACUGUUUCCCCUUCCCGAUGCGAGAGGAAGAGGAGGAAAUUGAAGCUGAUGGUGCUAAUUACCAACUUGAAAUGAUGAGAUGCUUGAGAGAGGUUAAUGUUGACAAUAACACUGUUGGAUGGUAUCAAUCAACCUUAUUAGGUUCUUAUCAGACUGUGGAAUUGAUCGAGACAUUUAUGAAUUAUCAGGAGAAUAUCAGGAGGUGUGUGUGCAUUAUAUAUGAUCCUUCACGCUCCAAUCAAGGGGUUUUAGCUCUCAAGGCCUUGAAGCUCUCUGAUUCUUUCAUGGAGCUUCACCGCAACAACAAUUUUACUGGAGAGAAGUUGAGGGAAAAAAAUUUGACGUGGGUGGAUAUCUUCGAGGAGAUUCCUAUUAAAGUUUCGAAUUCUGCACUUAUCAGUGCCUUCAUGACAGAGCUGGAAGCUGAUUCACCUGUCUCUCAGUGUGACUAUGAUCGUCUACAAUUAUCUACUACUCCAUUUAUGGAGAGGAAUGUGGAAUUUCUAAUUGAGUGCAUGGAAGAUUUGUCAGUAGAGCAGCAGAAGUUUCAGUUCUACUAUCGAAACCUCUCACGUCAGCAAGCCCAACAGCAGGCAUGGCUCCAAAAGAGGAGGACUGAGAACAUGGCACGGAAAGCUGCAGGAGAGGAACUAUUGCCUGAGGAGGAUCCUUCGAACCCCAUCUUUAAGCCAGUUCCUGAACCAUCACGAUUGGAUAGCUUCCUGAUAACAAAUCAAAUUGCGAACUACUGCAACCAAAUCAAUGGGGUUGCUGGUCAGAGCUUCAGCAGAUUAUACCUAAUGAAGGCUUUACAUGAGAAAAGUCCAUGAGUGCAUUUAUGCAUUAGUUUUCUCGGGAGCUAGGAGACAUUGAUCCUUCCUUGGCAAUGUAUUC